CUCUCCAACACUAGCUGCAAGACUAUGGGAACCUCCAAAGGGAUCCCACUGUGGAUCCUACCACUCCUUUUCAGUCUGUUGAAUGCUCAAUUGCUUUCGGACUAUAGCGAGCAAUCACAGGACUUGUCUGGCGGUGAGACUUAUGACUACACGUUUCAUGAAACAAUCCAAAAUGUGGAGACAAUGGGGAAUGGACCUGCAAAAAUAUCCAUGAUUCCAGCUGUGCACCCAACACCAGUGGUUAAAGUUAUCAACCCGGUUCACAAUAACAGAGUAUGCAGCACCUGGGGAAACUUCAACUUCAAAAAUUUUGAUGGUGAUAUAUUCCAUUUCCCUGGAACCUGCAACUAUGUUUACGCUUCCCAUUGCAAAAGCGUUUAUGAAGACUUCAACAUCCAGAUUCAACGCACUGUUACCAACAGUAUCCCAGAGAUCAGUAAAAUCACCACCAAGAUAAAUGGGGUGGCGAUACAGCUUUAUCAGAAUAAAGUGGUGGUUGAUGGCUCAGUAGAGCAAUUGCCCUACACUGGGUCUGGUGUCCAGAUUGAGAAGCGCGGUGUCUACCUUGAAAUCACAUCCAAAGUUGGUUUAACGCUGAUGUGGAAUGAUGAUAAUAGUCUCCUGCUGGAGCUGGAUGAAAAGUAUUCUAACCAGACCUGUGGAUUGUGCGGAGACUACAACGGCAUAUCUGUCCACAAUGAAUUCAUUAACAAUGGUGUCCACAUAACAGAAACUCAGUUUGGAAACCUUCAGAGGUUGGAUGGUCCCACAGAACAGUGCCAAGAUGUACCAGCAAUACCAAAAAGCAACUGUACAGACUUUGAGAACAUCUGUGAGAAAAUAUUACUGGGUUCAGCCUUUGCAAACUGUCACGCCAAGGUUGAUGUUGAACCAUAUAUUGCAGCCUGUGUGCAGGAUCUGUGCCGCUGUGAUAGCAGUGUGGCUUCUACCUGUAUGUGUAACACAUUCGCUGAGUACUCAAGACAGUGUGCCCAUGCUGGGGGUCAGCCAAUCAACUGGAGAACAAAAGAUCUUUGUCCCCAGAAGUGCCCCUUUAACAUGGAAUACCGAGAAUGUGAGUCUCCUUGCACUGACACAUGUACCAACCAAGAAAGAGCAGCUGUUUGUAAUCAGCAUUGUUUGGAAGGAUGUUACUGCCCUAAAGGAACUGUUUUUGAUGACAUCAACAACUCAGGCUGUAUUCCUGUGGAUAAGUGCCACUGUACAGUUAGGGGAGAUACAUACUCUUCUGGAGCAAGUUACUCUACUCCAUGCAGCACCUGUACAUGUUCUUCAGGGAAGUGGAACUGUAAGGAUUUGCCUUGUCCCUCAACCUGCUCCAUCGAAGGAGGUUCGCACAUAACUAGCUUUGAUCAAACUCGUUACAGCUUCUAUGGCGACUGUAACUAUGUACUUACCAAGACGUGUGAUGGUGGAGAUUUUACAGUUGUUACUGAACUUCGCAAAUGUGGUGUAACAGCAAGUGAGACCUGUUUAAAGAGCAUUAUGCUCCUGCUCAAUGGAGGAAAAACUAAUGUUGUGAUCAUGCCCUGUGGAAGUGUAUAUUUGAACAAUGUCUAUACCCAGUUGCCUCUAUCUACUGCAAGUGUCACCAUCUUCAAACCUAGCUCCUUCUACAUUAUUGCUCAUACCCACUUUGGGCUUCAGGUGGUUGUUCAACUUACUCCCGUCAUGCAGGUCCAUGUGGUACUAGACCCAGUCUUCAAAACCAAGACAUGCGGUCUCUGUGGAAACUUCAAUGACAAGCAAAGUGAUGAUUUUCAAACAAAAAAUGGAGUGAUAGAAGGAACUGGAACAUCAUUUGCAAAUACAUACAAGACGCAAAGCGAUUGUCCUAACAUCAUAAAUAUCUAUGAAGAUCCAUGCUCCCUCAGUGUAGAAAAUGAACAAUAUGCUUCACAUUGGUGUAGUAUCAUAUCUGACCCAACUGGACCUUUUGCUGCAUGUCACCCACUAGUGAACCCAAAAAUAUACAAAACGAACUGUAUGUUUGACACCUGUAACUGUCAGAAGAGUGAAGAUUGUAUGUGUGCCUCCCUCUCCUCUUAUACCCGGGCUUGCAUAGCCAAAGGUGUCAUAUUAACAGGAUGGCAAGCAGCCACCCCCUGCACUAAAUAUACCCAAAACUGUCCCAAAUCGCAAACUUAUAUUGAUUCUGUGAGCACCUGCCAGCCAACCUGCCGCUCUCGCUUUGAGCCGGAUAUCACCUUCAACAUCAAGUUCCUCCCUGUAGAUGGGUGCGGCUGUACUAAAGGGUUCUACAUGGAUGACAGUGGCAAUUGUGUCCCUGAAGCUGCCUGCCCCUGCUACUACAAAGGAAGUGCCAUACCCUCUGGAGAAGUGGUCCAUGACAAUGGAAUACAGUGUUCCUGCACUCAAGGGCAGUUGAGCUGUAUUGGAUCUAUUAAGCCAGAAUGUGCUGCUCCAAUGGUUUAUUUUGACUGCAAGAAUGCAACAGAGGACACAAAGGGAGCGGAAUGCCAGAAGAGUUGCCAGACAUUGGAUAUGGAAUGUUACAGAACAAAAUGUGUCUCUGGCUGUGUCUGUCCUGAUGGACUAUUGUCAGAUGGAAAAGGAGGCUGCAUUAAAGAAGACCAAUGUCCAUGUGUCCACAAUGAAGCCACUUAUCAGCCAGGAGAUAAAAUUAAAGAAAAAUGCAAUACCUGUACAUGCAAAAAUCGAAAGUGGGAAUGUACUAAUGAACCAUGUCUAGGGACCUGUGCUGUGUAUGGAGAUGGACAUUAUAUUACUUUUGAUGGAAAAAGAUACACCUUUAAUGGAGACUGUGAAUAUAUUCUUGCUCAGGAUCAAUCGGGUAAAUCUGAUAGCGGAAGCUCUUUCCGAGUCAUUACUGAGAAUAUCCCAUGUGGAACUACCGGCACAACCUGUUCUAAAGCUAUCAAGGUCUAUCUAGGGAACUUUGAACUUAUUUUCACAAAUGAGAAAUUUGAAAUAGUGAAAAGUGAGCCUGGAGCUAAGGUACCUUUUAAAACCCGACACAUGGGUAUCUACCUUGUCAUUGAGUCUGACAGUGGGCUGAUCCUGCUGUGGGAUAAGAAGACUAGCAUCUUCAUCAAGCUUAGUAAAGACUUUGAGGGUAAAGUCUGUGGUCUGUGCGGUAAUUAUGAUGGAAAUGGAAACAAUGACUUCACUACUAGGAGCUUGUCUGUAGUAGGGGAUCCUGUGGAAUUUGGAAACAGCUGGAAACUCAACCCAACAUGUCCCGAUGUCAAUCCAACCAGGGAUCCUUGUUCUGCCAACCCAUAUAGAAAAUCAUGGGCACAAAAGCAAUGCAGCAUCAUCAACAGCAAGGCAUUUUCUGCUUGCCAUUCUCAUGUUGACCCAACUGCAUUUUAUGAAGCCUGUGUUUCCGACUCCUGUGCUUGUGACAGCGGUGGAGACUGUGAGUGCAUGUGUUCUGCAAUUGCCACCUAUGCUCUUGCCUGUAGUGAAGCUGGCAUAUGUGUUUCCUGGAGAACCCCAAGCAUCUGUCCUAUCUUCUGUGACUACUACAACUCGGAAGGUGAAUGUGAAUGGCAUUACAAGCCAUGUGAGCACAGCUGCUUAAAGACCUGUAGAAACCCCACAGGGAAAUGUCUUUAUGAGCUACCAGGUUUGGAAGGAUGCUAUCCCAGCUGCCCAGCAGAAAAGCCCUUUUUUGAUGAAGACGCAAUGGAUUGUGUAGCCCAGUGUGGUUGCUAUGAUGAUAAAGGAAAUCACUACCCACGAGGAGCCGAAAUUCCCAGCAAGGAAAAUUGCCAGACCUGUGUAUGCAGCAUGUCUUCCCGUACUGAAUGCAAGUAUGAUACGGCAGCUUGCACCUGUAUGUACAAUGGCACCAAAUACAUGUAUGAUGAGGUGAUCUAUAACACCCGGGAUAGCACCGGAGGGUGCCUCAGCGCCAUUUGUAAGGAGAAUGGAACAAUCCUGAGAGAUACUUUGUGCUCCACAACAAUCCCCACAACCACAUUUACAUUUACCACACCAACAACCACUACUAUCACUACAGUCACACCUCAUGUAACAACAAUCUGUGUUCAGAAAGUCUGUGAGUGGUCCCAGUGGAUUGAUGCAAGUUAUCCUGAAUCAGUACCUGACGGUGGAGAUUUUGAUACAUAUGAGAACGUUAGAGCUAAAGGAUACCCCAUCUGUAUUCACCCAGAAGAACUAGAAUGCAGAGCCGAAGAUUUCCCCGAUACUCCACUUAGUGAAUUAGAGCAGAAAAAUGUCCAGUGCAAUGUUUCCUUUGGACUGCUGUGCUACAAUAAGGAUCAGCUGCCACCUAAGUGCUACAACUAUGAGAUUAGGGUCAAAUGCUGUGAGAUGAGGCCGUGUGACUUCAAAACUUCAGCUCCCGCCACAACCACACCGUCUACCACUACCACAACAAUUAAAUCCACCACAACACCUACAUCUACUACACCUAAACCUACAACUCCAACCACAACAGAAACAACUACAAUAACCACAACAGAAACAUCAACUACCACUCAGUGUAAACCUCAGUGCAAAUGGACUGAUUGGAUUGAUGUUGAUGUGCCAGGAGUAGGGGGAGGUCAAGGGGAUUUUGAAACCUAUGAUAACAUCCGUGCAAGUGGAAUAAAUAUUUGUAAGAAGCCAGAUGGUAUUCAGUGUAGAGCAGAGAAAUAUCCUAAUACACCUAUUGGUCGCAUUGGGCAGGUUGUUCAGUGUAAUCUAACAUUUGGCCUUAUUUGCAAUAAUGAAAAGCAAGAAAGUGAUUUUAAAGAAUGUCUUAACUACGAAUUGAAAGUACUUUGUUGUGAUGAUAUUAGUCAUUGUUCUACAAGCCCCACUCCAACCACAACGGAAACAACAACAGAAACUACGACUCCAAUAACAACUACAACAGAAACUACAACCACAACAACAGAAACUACGACUCCAAUAACAACUACAACAGAAACUACAACCACAACAACAGAAACUACGACUCCAAUAACAACUACAACAGAAACUACAACCACAACAACAGAAACUACGACUCCAAUAACAACUACAACAGAAACUACACCCACAACAACAGAAACUACAACUCCAAUAACAACUACAACAGAAACAACAACUCCAACAACAACAACAGAAACUACAACCACAACAACAGAAACUACGACUCCAAUAACAACUACAACAGAAACUACAACCACAACAACAGAAACUACGACUCCAAUAACAACUACAACAGAAACUACACCCACAACAACAGAAACUACAACUCCAAUAACAACUACAACAGAAACAACAACUCCAACAACAACAACAGAAACUACAACCACAACAACAGAAACUACAACUCCAAUUUCAGAAACAACAACAACUACAACAUCUACACCUAAAACUACCCAUUCAACAACCACAGAAACCACAACUCCAACUACCACAGAAACUACAACUUCCACCACAUCAACAACAACUACAAUUCCAACCACAACAGAAACUACAACUACCAUUCCCUGUGAACCACAAUGCAAGUGGACUGACUGGAUUGAUGUUGAUGAGCCAGGCAAAAGCAAAGGAGAUUUUGAAACCUAUGAAAAUAUCCGUGCAGCAGGAAAAAUUAUUUGUAAGAAGCCUGAUGAUAUUCAGUGUAGAGCAGAAAAGUCCCCUGAAGUGCCUCUUAGUAGCAUUGGUCAGGUUGUUCAUUGUAAUGUAACAGUUGGCCUUGUUUGCAAAGAUGAAGAGCAAGAAAGUGAUUCUAAAGAAUGUCUCAACUACGAAGUGAAAGUACUUUGUUGUGAUGAUUAUAGUCAUUGUUCUACAAGCCCCACUUCACCUGUGCAUACAACUACAAUCCCAACCACAACAGAAACUACUACUCCAACAACUACAACCCCAACUACAACAGAAACUACUACUACUACAACGACAACCGAAACUACUACUCCAACAACAACAACUACAACCCCAACCACAACUGAAACUACUACUCCAACAACAACCUCAACCACAACAGAAACUACUACUCCAACAACAACUACAACCCCAACCACAACAGAAACUACUACUCCAACAACAACCCCAACCACAACAGAAACUACAACCACAACAGAAACUACUACUCCAACAACUACAACCCCAACCACAACAGAAACUACUACUCAAACAACAACAACUGCAACCCCAAUCACAACAGAAACUACAACCACAACAGAAACUACUACUCCAACAACUACAACAGAAACUACAACCCAAACCACAACUCCAACCACAACAGAAACUACUACUCCAACAACUACAACAGAAACUACUACUCUAACAACAACAACUACAACCCCAACCACAACAGAAACGACUACUCAAACAACAACUGCAACCCCAAUCACAACAACAACUACAACCCCAACCACAACAGAAACUACUACUCCAACAACUACAACAGAAACUACAACCCAAACCACAACUCCAACCACAACAGAAACUACUACUCCAACAACUACAACAGAAACAACAACCCAAACCACAACUCCAACCACAACAGAAACUACAACCUCCACCACAUCAACAACAACAACUACAACUCCAACCACAACAGAAACUACAACUACAAUUCCAACCACAACAGAAACUACAACACCAACCACAACUACCACAACAGAAACUACAACUUCUACCACUACUACCACAACAGAAACUACAACUACCAUUCCAUGUGAACCACAAUGCAAGUGGACUGACUGGAUUGAUGUUGAUGAGCCAGGCAAAAGCAAAGGAGAUUUUGAAACCUAUGAAAAUAUCCGUGCAGCAGGAAAAAAUAUUUGUAAGAAGCCUGAUGAUAUUCAGUGUAGAGCAAAAAAGUUCCCUAAAGUGCCUAUUGGUAGCAUUGGUCAGGUUGUUCAUUGUAAUAUAACAGUUGGCCUUGUUUGCAAAGAUGAAGAGCAAGAAAGUGAUUUUAAAGAAUGUCUCAACUACGAAGUGAAAGUACUUUGUUGUGAUGAUAUUAGUCAUUGUUCUACAAGCCCCACUUCACCUGUGCAUACAACUACAACCACAACAGAAACUACUACUCCAACAACAACUACAACCCCAACCACAACAGAAACUACUACUCCAACAACAACUACAACCCCAACCACAACAGAAACUACUACUCCAACAACAACUACAACCCCAACCACAACAGAAACUACUACUCCAACAACAACUACAACCCCAACCACAACAGAAACUACUACUCCAACAACUACAACCACAACAACGGAAACUACCACAACCACAGAAACAACGACAACAACAGAAACUACAACACCAACCACAACAACCAAAACUCCAGCAACACGUCAUACUACUCACUGCUUCUGUCAUGUUGAUGAUGUUUUCUUUUCACCAGGGGAUAUGAUUUACAACAAGACAGAUCAUGCCGGCUGCCAUUUUUAUGCAAUGUGCAAUGACAUGUGUGAAGCUGAAAGAUUCCAGGGACCAUGUCCACCAAUUAUUACAACUACUCCAAAAUCUGCUGCUGUUGUUACUACAAAGACUACUACAGAACCAACAACCUUUGCUGGCUGUCAACCUGAUAAAAAGCCUAAUGAAUCCUGGAAGGUUGGCAACUGCACAACGGCCACAUGUCAUGGGCACAAUGUCAUAACUUAUGAUUCAGUUAAAUGCCCAGAAGUGAAAGAGAUAACCUGCGCUAAUGGUUUCCCAUCGGUCAAAGUCUACAGUGAAGAUGGCUGCUGCUUCCAUUAUGAAUGUCAAUGUGUCUGCAGUGGCUGGGGAGACCCUCAUUAUAUCACCUUUGAUGGAAUAUACUACACAUUCCUAGAAAACUGCACCUAUGUCCUUGUGCAACAAAUCACACCAAAAUACGAUAACUUCCGUGUCUUAGUCGAUAACUAUUUCUGCAAUGCUUUAGAUGGAUUGUCCUGUCCACAGUCUAUUAUGGUAUACUACAAAAACAAUGAGGUGUUGCUGACACGUAUGAUGUUUCAAGGAAGGAUGGCAAACAGGAUUAGAUUCAACCAAGUCUGGACAACACCCGGAUUUACCACAGAUGGCAUUACUGUUACCAGUGCCGGAAUAAACAUGAUUGUGGAAAUCCCUGAAAUCGGUGCCUACAUCUCAUUUAGUGGAAUGAUCUUCAUGGUUAAACUUCCAUUUAGCAUGUUUAGUCACAAUACAGAAGGCCAAUGUGGCGUCUGCUCCAACAACCGUACUGAUGAAUGCAGAAUGCCAGAUGGCAAGAUUGUGCAAGACUGCAGUCAGAUGGCCAAUCACUGGAAAGUUAAGGUACCUGAGAAGCCAUACUGCAAUGCCCCACCACCAACAGUUCCACCAAAUGUGAUUACUCCAGCACCAACAACAUGUGCACCUUCCGCUAUCUGUGAUAUCAUCUUAAGCGAGGUCUUUGCUGAAUGCCAUGAAAUUAUCCCUCCUACGCCUUACCAUGAAGGCUGUGUUUAUGAUGCCUGUAGAGUUGGAAAUGAUUCGGUGGAAUGUGCCAGUUUAGAAGUCUAUGCAUCCCUGUGUAUUUCAAAUGGAGUCUGUGUUGACUGGAGGGAAAAGACACAUGGCCAUUGCCCAUACAGUUGUCCUGCUGGAAAAGUCUAUGACGCUUGUGGUCCAGUUCAUCCAGCAACUUGUGAACAAAGGGAUAUAAAUAAGGUCAGCGACUAUCAGACUGAAGGCUGCUACUGUCCAAAGGGAACUGUACUCUUCAACUCCUUCAGUGGCAUCUGUGUUGAAGAAAGUUGUGAGGUCUGCUAUGGACCUGAUGGAAGCCCAAUGAAUGUUGGAGAUUCCUGGACCAGUGGCUGCAACAAAUGCACAUGUCAGAAAACACCUCUUUCUGCCAAGUGUGAGCCGCUUCCAUGUAGUGAACCUGAAAUUCUGACCUGCGAUAAAGAUGGAUUUGUAUCUGAGGAAGAGAUCGACCCAAGUGAACCCUGUUGCAAGAAAUACAAAUGCGUGUGUAAGCCUAGCACUUGUUUGAAUGAUAUAAAGACCUGUCCUCUUGGAUUUGAAGCAGUCCUGUCUGUAAAGGAAGGAGACUGCUGCCCCUCAUUCGAUUGCAAACCCAUGAAAGUCUGUGUUGUGGAUGACAUUAUAUACAAGCCUGGGACCCCUAUUCCAAGAGCCAAAGACUCCUGUGAUAACUGUGAGUGCACAGAUGAAAUGGAUUCCAGCACAUCUCUAAACAAGGUCCAGUGCAGUCCAAUCCAGUGCAAUGAAGACUGUGACAAAGGUUACCAGUACACAGAGGUGAAGGGUGAAUGUUGUGGAAAAUGUGAGCAAGUGGAAUGCAUAAUGAAGGAUGAAGAUGAAACUAUUAUUGUUAUCAAGCCUGGGGAGACAUGGCAAUCGCCUACCAACAAGUGUUCUUACUUUGAAUGCAAUAAAACCAACGAGCACUUAGUUGUUGUCAGCAUAUCACAGUCCUGCCCUGUCAUUAAAUGUAGUUUGGGAUAUGAACUAAUCAAAGAAGAAGGUAAAUGCUGUGGAGAAUGUGUACCUGUGGAAUGUGUCAUUCAUAUGGAGGACAACUCUACUGUAGUUUUGAAGCCUACUGAGAGCAUCAUAUCACCAGAGGACAAGUGCAUUUCCUAUCUUUGUACUUCUACUUAUGAAAUACACACCUUGAAGUACCAUUGUCCAAUCACUAGCUCAGAGGAAUGUGCUGAGGGAUACAAAUACGAAAAGGCAGAUGAUGAAUGCUGUGGGAAAUGUGUACAGGUGGCUUGCAUUAUAAAGAUGGAAGAUGAUAAGAUCCAAAUAUUAAAGCCUGGUGAUAUCUGGACAUUGCCUGAUAGGCCCUGUUUUCACCAUGAAUGCAAUAAAGUCGAAGACCAGUUUGUUCCUGUCACAGUGAAGAAAACAUGUGAAGAAAACUGCCCACUUGGAUAUGAAUACAAGGUUAAACCUGGACAGUGCUGUGGAGACUGCAUCUCAACAGACUGCACAAUUACAAUGAGUGACAACACAACUAAAACACUUAUGCCUGGCGAGUCUAUUCCUUCACCAAAAGACAAUUGCAGUUCCUUCUAUUGUACACAUGAUAAUGAAGUGAUAUUGCAGCAGGAUAAAUGUACCAUCACUGAAGCACAACAAUGCCCAGAGGGGUAUGAAUAUGAAAAACCUGCUGACGGUGACUGUUGUGGAAAAUGCAGAAAAGUGGCAUGUGUAAUGACAAUGAGUGAUAGCUCCACUAAAGUCUUAAAGCCCGGAGAGACCUACACACCUGAAGACAAAUGCACAACAUAUGUAUGUAAACCAGACUUUGAAAUAGAAAAACAGAAGGAGAAAUGCCUCAUCACAGAGUCAUCAGAAUGCUUAGAGGGAUAUAAAUAUGAAAAGAAGGUGGGUGCCUGCUGUGGAAUAUGUGUACGUGUGGCAUGCACAAUGAAGAUGGAUGACAACACAACCAAUGUCCUUGAGCCUGGGGAGACCUACACUUCCAAGGAAGACAAAUGUAUCUCCUAUGAAUGCAAACCAGACUUGGAAAUAGAAACCAUUAAGGAGAAAUGUCCCAUCACAGAUCAAGCAGAAUGCUUAGAGGGAUAUAAAUAUGAAAGGAAGGUGGGAGCCUGCUGUGGAACAUGUGUACGUGUGGCGUGUAUAAUGAAGAUGGAUGACAAAACAAGCAAACGUCUUACGCCUGGAGAGACCUACACACCAGAAGAUGAUGAAUGCACCACUUAUGUUUGUAAACCAGACUUUGAACUGGAAACACAUAAGGAGAAAUGCCCCAUAACAGAUUGCUCAGAGGGAUAUAAAUAUGAAAUGAAGGUGGAUGCCUGCUGUGGAAUAUGUGUACGUGUGGCGUGUACAAUGAAGAUGGACGACAACACAACCAAAAUCCUUAAGCCUGGAGAGACCUAUACACCUGAAGAAGACAAAUGUACCUCCUAUGAAUGUAAACCGGACUUUGAACUGGAAAAACUUAAGGAAAAAUGUCUUAUUGCAGAUCAAUCAGAUUGCCCAGAGGGAUAUAAAUACGAAAAUGUGAAGGGAGCCUGCUGUGGCAUAUGUGUACGUGUGGCAUGUGUAAUGAAGAUGGAUGACAACACAACCAACAUCCUUAAGCCUGGAGAGACCUACACACCUGAAGAUAACAAAUGCGUCUCCUAUGUAUGUAAACCAGACUUUGAAGUGGAAACUCUUAAGGAGAAAUGCUCCAUCUCAGAUGAAUCAGAUUGCCAAGAGGGAACUGUCUAUAAAAUGGUAAAGGGUGCUUGCUGUGGAACAUGUCCACCUGUGGCAUGUGUAAUGAAGAUGGAUGACAAGACAACCAAACUGCUCAAGCCUGGAGAGACCUACACACCUGAAGAUAACAAAUGCGUCUCCUAUGAAUGUAAACCAGACUUUGAACUGGAUACCCUUAAAGAGAAAUGUCUUAUCACAGAUCAAUCAGAUUGCCCAGAGGGAUAUGACUAUGAAAAGGUGAAGGGCGCCUGCUGUGGAAUAUGUGUACAUGUGGCAUGUGUGAUGAAGAUGGAUGACAACACAACCAAACUCCUUGAGCCUGGAGAGACCUACACAUCUAAAGAAGACGAAUGCAUCUCCUAUGAAUGCAAACCAGACUUUGAAUUGCACACCCUUAAGGAGAAAUGCCCCAUCACAGAUCAAUCUGAAUGCUUAGAGGGAUAUGAAUACGAAAAGGUGAAGGGAGCCUGCUGUGGAAUAUGUGUACGUGUGGCAUGUACAAUGAAGAUGGAUGACAGCACAACCAAAGUCCUUAAGCCUGGCGAGACUUAUACACCUAAAGACGAUGAAUGCACCACCUAUGUAUGUAAACCUGACUUUGAGCUGGAAACACAUAAGGAGAAAUGUGCCAUCACAGAGUCAGAAUGCUCAGCGGGAUAUAAAUAUGAAAAGAUGGUGGAUGCCUGCUGUGGAACAUGUGUACGUGUGGCGUGUACAAUGAAGAUGGAUGACAACACAACCAAAGUCCUUCAGCCUGGAGAGACCUACACACCUAAAGAAGAUGAAUGUACAACUUAUGUAUGCAAACCAGACUUUGACCUGGAGAAACAAAAGGAGAAAUGUGCCAUCACAGAUCAAUCACAAUGCUCAAAGGCCGAAGUAUACAAAAUAGAGGUGGGAGCCUGCUGUGGAAUAUGCGUACCAGUGGCAUGUACAGUGAAGAUGGAAGACAACACAAUUAAAGUCAUGAAGCCUGGAGAGACCUACACACCUGAUAAAGACAAAUGCACCUCCUAUGUAUGUAAACCAGACUUGAAAGUGGAAACACAUAUGGAGACAUGCCCCAUCACAAAACAAUCAGAUUGCCCAGAGGCAUACGAAUAUCAACCAGCCAAAGAUGCCUGCUGUGGGUCAUGCAUUAAGGUGGCAUGCCCGGUGAAGAUGAGCGACAACUCUGUUAACAUCUUAAAGCCUGGGGAGACAUUUACACCAGUGGAUGACAAAUGCAUCACAUACACAUGUAAACCAGACUUAGAAGUGGAAACAUUGAAGGAGAAAUGUGCCAUCAAUGAGCAAUCCCAGUGUCCAGAGGGAUAUGAAUAUGAAAAACCUGAUGGCAAAUGCUGUGGAUCAUGCAAACAAGUAGAAUGUGUAAUGAGCACAAGUGACAAUUCCACUAAAACCAUGAAGCCUGACGAGACCUAUACCCCUAAAGACGACAAGUGCAUCACCUAUAAGUGCUCACCUACUUAUGAUAUCAUAAAAAUAAUGGAAUCCUGUCCUGCUUUUGAUGCAAAUGAAUGCAAAGAGAAACAGGGUACUGUAAAGAUGUCAGCAAAUGGCUGCUGCCAGCUUUGUGAAAUUCAUCAAAAGGCGGGAUGCCUUGUCCAAAAAGAUGUCAAGAUCAUCACAUUUGGAUCUUGUGAGUCUGAACAGACAGUGGAAAUGGCCUACUGUGAGGGAACCUGCAGUACCAAAUCAAUCUACUCUGCAGAUUCCAAUUCAAUGGAGCAUUCGUGCAGUUGUUGCCAGGAGAAGAAGACUAGCCAACGGCAGGUGGAUCUGAAAUGCAAAGAUGGAAGCAAAUCAGUAUUCUCUUACACCUAUGUAGAGGAGUGUGGCUGCACAAGUACUGAAUGCCAGGACAAUACUCAGCAGUCAAAGAAGAAGCUCUAAGCUGAUGAUGAAAGUGGACAUUAACAAUGACAGAAUGUUAAGCAUGAUCUUCCAUGACACCUUUUUUCCUCUGGAAAACACAACCUAUCAAUUUCCCUUUAGUGAUAUUUUUCUCUUACUGUAAGCACAUUUUAGUUAUAUCAUUAUCUAUACAUGUAAAUGCAACUUAAGACCUAAUAAUGAAUAUAUGAAAAAGCAUUUAGCCUACUUAUAAUCUGUUACUUUACACUGCCAUUAUUUUAUACUGUUACAUGUCCACUGUUUCCUCUGUUGCCAGUAGUAAUCAUUUAGUGCAAACUUUCAUUUCCUCUUUAUAUUUCUAACUUUAAGACAUAGGUCAGAUUUGUAGGAAACAAAAUACACAUUUUUGCCCUUUCUCUGGGUUUAACAAACAUUAAUGUAUAUAAUCAAGAGAGAAAGUGAAUAUACACAUAAAAUUGUCCACCAAAAGUCUUUGGCUUGUGUCUACACACUGAUAUUGUUUACAAAUGCAACACAACAAUAAAACAAGGGCAAAACGUUAUAUUUGAGUAUUUAACCAAUAGGUAAACAUGAAGGACUGUAAACUUUAUUUUUUUAACUUAAACAAAUGUAUUUUCAGAACUUGUACGCACUUCUUAUUUCCAUGUUCUUGGGCAAGGAAAGCUUUCAGCUAUUUAUUUGUCUGAACAAGUGAUUAUCUGACUUGUAUCCUCAUUUUUACAAAUGUGCAAUGUGAGAGAUUAAAAAAUCUAUUUUAGCAUUUUAA